AUGCUGCUCCUCUCAUGUCUGUUCCUGCUGCUGCAAACAGUUACCUCUCGAUCCCUUCACCUCCGUGCCUCUGAAGCUUUGACCAACUCCACCGGGUCCGAGACACCCGCCUCCGCUUCCUCCGACCCGCGUGUCUACUUCAAGGAACAAUAUGAAAACCCUGCGGAGACAUUCUCCGUUUUACUGCUUAUCGGCGGGGACAUUGUACAAAAAGCCAUUGCCCAACUGGUGGGCCAUAAGCUGCGGGGUGUCUACAUCACCCCGACCGCAUUUAGCUUUGGAUGGGUGGCAUAUGCUUUCAGCGCGCUGAAUUCAGCUCUGAGCGAUGGCUCUCUGAUGCCUUCCCCAGACAUAGAGUGCCGUGUCAUCCCACUGCGCAGCCAAGGAGAACGUGAAAAUGAAUCUUGGAUCAUUGGCCGACUGGUGCGAGACCUGGAGAUCAAUAAACAUCUUAAAAUGCCUGAUGAAGUGAUAAUGCAAAAGGACAAUGAAGGCAAGAUGAAACGGACGACAAAAAAGUACACCAAGCCUGUGUUUACCUUUCUGACGACCAAGGAAAAGCCAGGUUGUCCUAAGGCUGACAUGAUUUGGUGGAGCUUUUUGCUGUUCCUGCCCUUACAGCUGGUGAUCGCUGCGAUACCUACCAUUCUGCCCCAGCGCAACUGGGGAAUCCUCAUGAUCACUGGGGUGGGAUCUUUGCUUGCGAUGAUCACCGGCUCCCUGCCCCAGUGGAUGGAUGAGAAAUAUGCCUGUCGGUUGGAUUCAAGGGAUACCUACAUUUUGACCCGAGGAAAUGGCCACGUGCAUGUGUUUGUCAUCGAGAACGCGCCCCCUAUCAAGGGAGAGGUCAAGGAGGGUGCACCCAAGAAAGUAGGGACGAGUCUCAAUAUGGAAGACUUGGCCAUCCAGUCGCCGCGGGCCACCUUGCUGUCAAGAUCCAUCCUUGUGGCGCUGGCCGUUGCUUGGGUGUUUUUCUUGAUCACCGCGGGCGGGCUUGAAAAAGAUACUUGGUAUCUAAUGGGAGUGGGCGGGCUGGGCAUGGUGCAUAACGUGUAUGUUGCCAAUGCGGCACGUAAGCCCGCAGCUCAUGGUUCUCCUGUUGUGGAAGAUCUUGAUAAUUGUAAGCGCAUCAAAGCUGACCCUGGCGAGAAGGUCAUGGCUGUCCUGAUGAAGGCAGAGGAGUAUCGACCCGGUGUCGGUUUGGCAGUUCUGACGACUUUUUUCCCUGGGAGGCUCGAUAAGGACGAGGCCGACUCAUGGGCCAAGGCACGACAAACUCUCGAGCUCCGGAGAGAGGCAUUCAAAAGGGGGGAGCAUCCGCUUCCUGACCCUUGGACAGUGCCAGAAGAAACCGCCACGGUUACUAUUACGGACACUCAGAAAACCGUGCAGGUUAGUCGAGAACAGGCCCAGCCGGCGAACUUGCGUCGCAGCUCUACGAUCCCAUCGUCUGCCAUUUGA